GUUGUGCAGGUCCUUCUGGCGUGGAAGGGCGAUGUGAACAGCCGCGACUAUGAUGGCGAGCGCCACCUGGAGGAGUUCGAGCCGUCAGCCUCGGGUUUGGCUGUGCUAGGCGGGGGCCACUUCAUGCUCAGCCAGCUGUCCCAGCAGCACACGAACCUGAAGGAGCCAAAUGGUCAGACACUCUUAGUAGCUGAGGAGACCAGUGCCCAGCAAUACACGCAGAGGCUUGGCACUGCAGACUCCACCUCCCUGAAGGUUCUUCAGCAGCAUGGGCUGGGCACCCUUAGCCAGCGCGACGUGGACGGCAGCACCCCUGCGCACCUCGCGGCCAAGCAGGGGCACGUGGUGGUAGAUGUUAUGGUAGAUGUUACAACGCUAUGGUUCGGCUUCCGGGAACCGUUCCUCCUGCAGAGUGGUGUGGACGCAUCCUGCCCAGAUGAUAGCGGGCAUACGCCGUUGCACCUUGCGGCGCAGGAGGGCCAAAUGAUCCCUUUCGAGCGUGGCCCUUCGCUUCUCCUCUCCUCCUACUGGGCCUCUAAUGGCCACGUGGAAGUCUGCAGCGUACUGCUCUUGCAGAAGGCCAACGUUCCUGGGCUCGACUGGCACUUGACCAAAGAAAAGUCGGAAUAUGAAACAUUCAUCGUUGGUGGGGUGUUUUGGGACGAGAACCAAGAGGACCGAGAGCUUGUGGAGCUCAUCCUCAGCUGGGGCGCCAGUGUUACCUUGGCAGAUAACGACGGCUGGUGCCCGCUUCAUGAGGCAGCGCGGUGGGGAGACGGUGAGCUGGUGGAGAGCCUGCUGCUGCGAGGAGCUGACCCAUCCGCGCGCUCCAACGAUGGUGAGACUGGGUUGGGUGAGGCGGAGCUCGCUGGUCUGCUGCUUCAGAGUGGUGCAGAUGCAAAUGCUACCAACACUGCGGGUGCCACGCCACUGGACUUUGCCAAAAAGGAUGAAGUCCGAUGGCUCUUGCGAUCCCACAAGGGACGCAAGGGCACUGGAGCGUUGUAA